CCCACUAUUCCAUCUAUUUUUCCUUUGCCCCCACACUUCCAUCGCCGAAGCCCAGCUCGGUCUCUUCUCUUCUCCUCUCCUCUCCUCUCCUCUCCUCUCGUCUUCCUUCUCACCACGUCCCAAGCGCUCCCCUUCCCCCACCUCUCCUCUCGCCGCAGCCCUUGGAGUCGCCUAGGAUUACUUCCGUCUCCGAGCGCGUCGCCGCCACGUCGCCCGUGGCCAUGGUGAUCUCGGCCGAGCCGCCCCCGCCGCCUCCCCCGGAUCCCAUCGCCGACGCCGCCGUGACGGCUGCUGUGGAGGCGGCGGCGGCGGCCACGUCGAACGCUCGCCAGGCUGUGUUCUCCUCGUUCCCGUCGCUCAAGACGUGGGGGAGCCACCGCGUCCUGCGCUGCGCCCACGUCAACCGCGCCUCCGCUAGGCGCUCCCCUGAGAAGCUCGACGAGGUCAAGGAGAAUCUCCUCUGCCAUCUCCGCGGGGUGGCGGCAGGAAGCGAUGCCGCCGACGCUGACGCGGCUGUGGCGGAGACGGCGGUCGCGGAGCCUGCCGCCUCGCGACCGUGGAAGCUGCGCACUCGGCGGCGCCGCCCAGCGGUGGCGCCUUCUCCGAGCGCCUCACCGCCGCCCGAGCGGAGGGCAUCGAGGGCCCGCGCGGAGGCCCUCGACCGGCCGCGGUUCUCGGUGACGCUCACCACCGAGGAGAUCGAGGAGGACAUCUACGCCUUCACCGGCGUACGCGCGCGCCGCCGCCCGCGGCGGCGACCCCGCCCCGUGCAGAAGCAGCUCGAUAUUCUAUUCCCCGGUUCGUGGCUGUCGGAGAUCACCGUCGAGUCCUACCGGGUGCCGGACGAUCGGCGAGGCUAAACCAACGGGGCUCCGGCCGCCGCUCCACCAAUCAUCGUCGAGCCGUCGACGAGGAAGCAAGAAUCCCAAAGGCAAACCAACCAAUCACGAGCUGGUGCUGUUAAUUCUCUCGACUGGUUUCUUCUCCCUUGUGCUGGUGCCUGUUGAUGACAUCUUGGGCCACCUUUUAAUUAUCAAUUGAUUGAAUAGAGUGCUAGUAGUAGUAAGCCGCUGGUGACAUGUAGUAAGUUCGCAUUAGCAUCAGAAGGACGUAAGGGAUAGCUUGGUCACUUUGGUGCGUGAUGGUACAUUUCUUACGGCUGAUUUAUUUUAGUUUAAGAUUGUGAGAAUAGUCUAAUAGAUUAUGUAAAUACUUCUUCUCAUUAGAUUAUGAACUAUUUAAUUUUGUAGUAUAAUUUGACUGAUAGAUUGUAAGAAUCAAUUUUUAUAUUGAGAUUGUUUGUUUUUCUUA